UGUUGUCGCGGCGGCCCUGAGAUGGCGGCGGUGGCGGCGGGCGCGUCGGGAUCGGCGGCCGGCGCGGCCCCUCAGCAGCAGCCGCCGCCUCAGCAGCAGCCGCAGCCGGCGCCGGGCGGCGCCGCGGGCUCCGGGGAAGCGGGGGGCGGAGGCGGCGGCGGGGCCGGCGGAGGAGGAGGCGCUGGCGGAGGCGCUGGGCCCGCGCCGGGGUCGGGGUCGGGAGGCGGCGCGGCCGGGGGCGAAUCGUGGUACCUGGCGCUGCUGGGCCUGGCCGAGCACUUCCGCACGUCCAGCCCGCCCAAGGUGCGGCUCUGCGUGCACUGCCUGCAGGCCGUGCUGCCCCGCAAGCCCCCGGCCCGCAUGGAGGCCCGCACCCACCUCCAGCUCGGCUCCGUGCUCUACCACCACACCCGCAACGGCGACCAGGCCCGCGGGCACCUGGAGAAGGCGUGGUUGAUAUCGCAGCAAAUCCCCCAGUUCGAAGACGUCAAGUUCGAGGCGGCCAGCCUCCUGUCCGAGCUGUACUGCCAGGAGAACUCGGUGGACACAGCCAAGCCUCUGCUGCGCAAGGCCAUCCAGAUCUCCCAGCAGACUCCCUACUGGCACUGCCGACUGCUCUUCCAGCUUGCACAACUGCACACCCUGGAGAAGGACCUGGUGUCUGCCUGCGACCUGCUGGGCGUGGGAGCGGAGUACGCGCGGGUGGUGGGCUCGGAGUACACCAGGGCACUCUUUCUGCUGAGCAAGGGGAUGCUGCUCCUCAUGGAAAGGAAGCUGCAGGAGGUGCAUCCUCUCCUCACUCUUUGUGGGCAGAUUGUGGAGAACUGGCAAGGAAACCCCAUCCAGAAGGAGUCCUUGAGGGUCUUCUUCCUGGUGCUGCAGGUCACACACUACCUGGAUGCAGGGCAGGUGAAGAGUGUGAAGCCCUGCCUGAAGCAGCUGCAGCAGUGCAUCCAAACCAUCUCCACGCUGCACGACGAUGAGAUCCUGCCCAGCAACCCUGCUGACCUCUUCCACUGGCUGCCCAAGGAGCACAUGUGUGUGCUGGUCUACCUGGUGACAGUGAUGCAUUCCAUGCAAGCAGGGUACCUGGAGAAGGCUCAGAAGUACACAGACAAAGCACUGAUGCAGCUGGAGAAGCUCAAAAUGCUGGAUUGCAGCCCCAUCCUGUCCUCAUUCCAAGUGAUCCUGCUGGAGCACAUCAUCAUGUGCAGGCUGGUCACAGGCCACAAAGCCACAGCCCUGCAGGAGAUCUCCCAGGUCUGCCAGCUCUGCCAGCAGUCUCCCAGACUCUUCUCCAACCAUGCUGCCCAGCUGCACACUCUCUUAGGGCUCUACUGCAUCUCUGUCAACUGCAUGGACAAUGCAGAAGCACAAUUCACUACAGCACUGAGGCUCACCACACAUCAGGAACUGUGGGCAUUCAUUGUGACAAACCUGGCCAGUGUCUACAUCAGGGAAGGUAACAGGCACCAAGAGCUCUACAGCUUAUUGGAAAGGAUCAAUCCAGACCAUAAUUUUCCUGUGAGCUCUCACUGUCUCCGGGCAGCAGCCUUCUACAUCCGAGGCCUCUUCUCCUUCUUUCAAGGAAGAUACAAUGAGGCAAAACGAUUCCUGCGGGAGACGCUGAAGAUGUCCAACGCAGAAGACUUGAAUCGCUUAACAGCCUGCUCCCUGGUGCUGCUGGGGCACAUCUUCUAUGUGCUGGGCAACCACAGGGAAAGCAACAACAUGGUGGUGCCAGCCAUGCAGCUUGCAAGCAAGAUCCCAGACAUGUCUGUGCAGCUCUGGUCCUCAGCUCUCUUGAGAGACCUGAACAAAGCCUGUGGCAAUGCCAUGGAUGCCCAUGAGGCAGCCCAGAUGCAUCAGAACUUCUCCCAGCAGCUCCUCCAGGACCACAUUGAGGCCUGCAGUCUUCCAGAACACAAUCUCAUCACGUGGACAGAUGGACCACCUCCUGUACAGUUCCAGGCACAGAAUGGGCCCACCACCAGCUUGGCCAGCCUCCUGUGAAAGCAGAAUCACUCAGCAGGACACUCUGCUUCAAACACAAGAAAGAAAAGAAAAAGAAAGAAGGAAAGGGAAGGAAAAUGCCCAGAAAAAGAGAAAAAACAAAAGAAAGAGGGGAAAAAAAAGAGGAGAACCAAAACUGAUCCUGCAAGAGCUUUUCUCCAGAGAAAAGGCAGCAGAGUUCCUCUGCCAGGGAGGGCCUUGGAGGCAAAGAGGGUGCAGAAGGACACUGAACACUUCCCAGCCUUGAGGAGGGGGCAGGAGGGCCCUGGAGGGCAGCUGCUGCUCUCCUGAGGUGUGUGAAGCUACAGCUGCAGUGUGCAGAGCUGCUGGGCUUAACCUGCUUCCCUCUGGUGAGAGCUGAGGUUUGGUCCCAGGGACCCUUGCUCCUUCCCUUGGUAGCUGCCUGCUCCUCACACUGGGCCCAGGAGGGGAGGAGGACUCCCCCAGUUCUCAGCACCAGUUGGAUUCUGAACACUUCUUCCCCCCCUCCCAAGCCCCUCCCUGGAGUGGGACCUGAGCCCAGCUGUGAUGCUUUCUGUGCCCCUCCACGCUGGGUGAGUCCUUGGCUUCAGUGACUGCUUGGAGGCUGCCCUCAAGUUCUGCAUUGUAGGUUUGCUGAGGUAAUUUUCCUUCCUUCUUGUCUGCAAGUGGCUGCCAGUGCUGUCUGGGGGCAGGGGGCUCAUG